GAAAUCGGUUAAAAUAAUACGCAGCAGCCAAUUGCACGAUCAAGAGAAGCGACGACUCCAUCUCUGGUCUCCCACGCCUAUAAUCCCAUUCCCCUCCUUCAAAGCCUCGCGGCGAUCGAGAUUCUUCCCCUCCUUCUCCAGAUAUACUUAUCAGAGCAGCACAGACAACAAUUCUCCAGAUAUGGCAAGCAAAAGGAUUCAGAAGGAACUCAUGGAUCUGCAGAAGGACCCACCGACAUCAUGCAGUGCAGGGCCUGCUGGAGAGGAUCUAUUCCACUGGCAGGCCACAAUCAUGGGCCCUAGCGACAGCCCCUAUGCAGGAGGGGUUUUCUUUGUUAAUAUCCAUUUUCCUCCUGACUACCCCUUUAAGCCUCCAAAAGUGAACUUCCAAACAAAAGUUUAUCACCCAAACAUCAACUCUAAUGGGAGCAUUUGCCUUGAUAUCCUCAAGGAGCAAUGGAGCCCUGCACUGACCAUAUCAAAAGUCCUCCUCUCCAUCAGCUCGCUCCUCACUGACCCCAACCCGGACGACCCCCUUGUCCCUGAGAUCGCGCACAUGUACAAGAACCAGAGGCAGCGCUAUGAGGAAACUGCGCGGGCCUGGACCCAGAAGUACGCAAUGGGCUGAUUCUGUCUCACCGAACAAUAUUGCCACUGCAAAGGUCGUCAGGACAUUGUAAGAAUUAAGUUGGCUGAUUUCCUGUGGUGGCCACUGCAAAGAUCAUCACACCGUCUUAAGAGCCCAGAUGGCUGUGUAAAUUAUAUUAGCUUCUCAGAACAAAGUUUCUCUGUGUGUACAGUACUUUUGAAGCUGGAUAAAUCUGAGUUCUUUGCCGAAACCUUGGUUUACACUUUGUUCCCUGAAUUGCAUAUGUGGCCAUGGAAUUUCCAUGUGUAACCUUGCCAAGAAACCAAUAGCAGUUUGUAUGUUGUGAAGAUGUUAUAAUUCAGAUGGUGGUUUGCUUCCGUUCUCCA